AUGAAAAAAUAUGAGGGAGCUGCAAGGGAAGCCAUUGUUAUAAACUUGAAAAGUAAAUAUAAGAAGCAAAUGAUUUGCAUGACUAACUUCACUAAAACUACUUUUUCUGACCAGAAGGCAUCUUACGAAGUUUCUCUGAUACUAGCAAAAAAUGGAAAAGCGUUCAGAGAUGGAGAAAUUGUAAAUGAGUGCUCAAUAAAGAUGGCCCUUGCGUUUGACGAAAAUAAAAUGGCAAAACAAUUUGAAACUGUGCUUCUCUCACAUCAAACCGUUGCAAGAAGGGUAAUGAAGAUAAGUGAACAUAUGUCUGCAAAAGUUGAAGGCAUUGUUCGGCAAUGUAAAUAUUAUUCGCUGGUUUUGGACGAAAGCACCGAUGUUUGUGAUGUUAAUCAGCUUCUAAUUUUUAUUCGAACUAUCGAUGAACAUUUUACAAUUUACGAGGAAUUCCUUCAGGCAGUUCCACUUCAUGGCGCAGCAAAAGGUUCAGACAUAUAUAUAACAGUCUCGUAUCUGUCGCCAAAGCACAUGGUGGCUUUGAAAAGUGCUCUAGUGUUGUAA